UGACGCAGCAGUGAGGUACUCAGGCCUCUCUCUCUCUACAAGCCGUCGAGUCUCACAGGGGGUUUUCUUAGACGCGGCCUCCGUUGUUUGUUUGUCGUUACCUCCCGUCCCGUUUGCCGGCCCGUUUCCUGCCUGCCUUACAUUCGGGCAUCUUUUUUAUGAAUAAUCAAAAGCAACAAAAGCCAACGCUAUCUGGCCAGCGUUUUAAAACACGAAAAAGAGAUGAAAAGGAGAGGUUUGACCCUACCCAAUUUCAAGAUUGCAUUAUACAAGGCUUAAAUGAAACUGGCAACGAUUUGGAAGCAGUAGCAAAAUUUCUUGAUGCUUCUGGAGCUAAGCUUGACUAUCGUCGCUAUGCAGAAACACUCUUUGACAUCCUUGUGGCUGGUGGGAUGCUGGCACCAGGUGGAACUCUGGCAGACGACGUGAUCCGUACUGAUGUCUGUGUGUUUUCAGCACAGGAAGAUCUAGAGACCAUGCAGGCAUUUGCUCAGGUUUUUAACAAGCUUAUUAGACGUUACAAAUACCUGGAGAAAGGCUUUGAAGAAGAGGUCAAAAAGCUUUUGCUAUUUUUAAAAGGUUUUUCAGAGUCUGAGAGAAAUAAGUUGGCCAUGCUCACUGGCAUUCUUCUGGCUAAUGGGAAUUUGUCUGCAUCAAUUCUCAACAGUCUUUACAAUGAGAACUUGGUCAAAGAGGGUGUAUCUGCAGCAUUUGCAGUAAAACUAUUUAAAUCAUGGAUUAAUGAAAAAGACAUCAAUGCAGUUGCUGGUAGUCUUCGAAAAGUCAACAUGGACAAUAGACUAAUGGAGCUUUUUCCUGCCAAUAAACAGAGUGUUGAACACUUUACUAAAUAUUUCACCGAUGCGGGCUUAAAAGAACUCUCAGAGUAUGUAAGGAACCAGCAAACCAUUGGGGCUCGAAAAGAGCUUCACAAAGAGCUGCAAGAAAUGAUGGCUCGUGGAGAAGCCCUUAAAGAGAUUAGUCUGUAUGUAAAGGAGGAGAUGAAGAAAAAUAACAUCUCUGAGCAGACGGUGAUAGGCAUCUUAUGGUCCAGUGUGAUGAGCUGUGUUGAAUGGAACAAAAAGGAGGAGCUUGUUACAGAGCAAGCCAUUAAACACUUGAAGCAAUACAGCCCUCUCCUUGCUGCCUUUACUACACAAGGUCAGUCAGAACUGACUUUGCUUUUGAAAAUUCAGGAGUACUGUUAUGACAACAUUCACUUCAUGAAAUCCUUCCAGAAAAUUGUGGUGCUUUUUUAUAAAGCUGAAGUUCUGAGUGAAGAACCCAUUCUGAAGUGGUACAAAGAUGCACACAUUGCAAAGGGAAAAAGUGUCUUUCUGGAGCAAAUGAAAAAAUUUGUUGAAUGGCUUAAAAAUGCAGAAGAAGAGUCUGAAUCCGAGACGGAAGAGGGUGAUUAAUUUGUCAUUGGUGUCAGUAAACACAGGAGCUGUAGAUAAACGGUCAUAACCCAUUUUGUGUCCUUCUGGUUAUUACAUCCUACCUCCUGUAUCAAGCAUGAUAUAAGGGCUUUCAUCAAUUUUUUUUUUUUUUUUUUUUUAUUUUAUUUCUACUUUUCUGUACAUCAACUUUUGUUUUAAAACCAUGUUUUAAGGAACGCGCUGUCUAGAUUAAUUUUUAUUUCAUCAUUGUUAUCCUCAACCGGCUGUAUUUUCUACUCUAAUAAUGUAAUUUAAAGCCUUUCAAAAAUUCAACAAUUUGUUUUAUCCCCUGGUUUUUCUAUUAAAAAUAAAGCUUAAAAUCACUAUGAUUUGGUAUAUUUGUUAUGGACCCACCAAUUUACAAAUUAAACAUUGUAUUCGAAAGAA